CCUUUAACACAAACAAACAAAAGGGUUUGUGUUGUUCCUUUCUUCCUCGAUAAAAAGGCUUAGAUUUUUGGGCACCCAAAUUUCAAAUCAAUAAAGGUUGAAGUUUUUUUUUUUUUCCCUUUUUUGCCAGUAAGAGGCUUAAACUUAAGCUGAAAAAGUCAACAUUUUGGGUUCCUGGAUUUGGUCUUUUUCUUGUUUUUUCUCAAAUUUUGUAGCGAUGACGCCAGUGGGAAUUCUUGGCAUUCUGUUUCUGCUGCUGGCACUAUACUGUGGGACAGACCCUUUUAAGCACAGUGCAAUCUCUGAAUUCCCCGACUUUGAGGCUUACAAGGUGGAUAUGCCUCCAUGGGAAAUGGUUCCAAUGGUUAGGGACAAGGAUAAUUUGCUUCAGAAAUCAGAGAUUAAGUUCCUGAACCAGGUUCAAGGCCCUGAGAGCAUGGCAUUUGACCCUCUUGGCCGUGGUCCUUACACUGGUGUUGCUGAUGGUCGCAUUGUCUUCUGGGAUGGUGAAAAGUGGAAUGAUUUUGCUCAUACUUCCAGCAAUAGGUCAGAACUUUGUAAUCCAAAGCCAUCACCUCUGAGUUACCUACCAAAUGAGCAUAUCUGUGGCAGGCCUUUGGGCCUCCGAUUUGAUAAGAAAACUGGUGAUUUGUACAUUGCCGAUGCAUAUUUGGGGUUGCUGAAGGUUGGUCCGGAAGGCGGAUUAGCGACAUCACUUGUAACAGGGGCAAAUGGGGUGCCCCUGAGGUUUACCAAUGACCUUGACAUUGAUGAUGAAGGAAUCGUAUAUUUUACUGAUAGCAGCAGCAAAUACCAAAGAAGGAACUUCAAGCAGCUAAUUUUUUCUUCGGAGAAUGGUGGGAGGCUUAUCAAGUAUAAUCCACACACAAAGGAAACCACUAUCCUUAUGACAAAUCUCCAAUUUCCUAAUGGUGUAUCCUUAAGCAAAGAUGGUACUUUUCUUGUAUGUUGUGAAGGAUGUCCUGGCAGAUUACUCAGAUACUGGUUGAAAGGUGAGAAAGCAGGGACUUGGGAGGUAUUCGCCAUCUUACCAGGAUUUCCCGACAACAUCCGCACAAACAAAGAUGGCGAAUUUUGGGUCGCAAUUAACUCUCGAAGGUCCAUGUACGCUCAUAUAUUAGGAUUACACCCAAAAGUUAGGAAGUUCAUUCUGAAGCUCCCCAUCUCAACAAAGGUUCAAGUCCUGCUUCAUGUUGGGGGUAAGCUGCAUGCACAAGUCGUCAAAUACAGCCCGGAGGGAAAGCUUUUACGGAUUUUGGAGGAUAGUGAAGGGAAGGUCGUGAAAGCGGUUAGUGAAGUCGAUGAGAGGGACGGAAAACUUUGGCUAGGGAGUGUCCUAAUGCCCUUUAUUGCAGUUUAUGAUUUGAAUUGAGUUUGGCAAGUCUUUUGACCUACAAAACAGGAGCUUUGGCAUUAUGAAUGUUUGACAUUGAAAUGUUUUGAAGAUUUGAACUCAGCAAAUAUGGGACUGUAUAAUAAAUAAUAGACUUGGAAUUUUUAUUUUUA